GGAGAGGAGAGUUGGACCGAAAAUACAGUCACUGCGGGCCAAAAUAAGUUUUUGAGAUUAACCAUGACUCGGAUGCUACGGGUCCCUCUUCUUUCUCUCUGUAAGCCUAAGGUGUCAUCGGUGUCGUUGUCGGGUACUCUACUUGGGACUCAUGGAGGUUCCAGUAUACGAGUAACUGAGAUACUUCAGAACCAUGUGGGAGUGUCAUCAAAUAGGAACUCACUUUGUGGAUUUAGAACUUUUUGCACUGGCCAAGAUUUGUCAUCUAAGAAGUGUGUGCCAUGCAACUCAAAGGAUAUGCAACCCAUGACUGAGCAAGCAGCGAAUGAACUAAUUUCACAGGUGGCUGGAUGGAAUUUGGUAAAUGAAGGCGGCAUAUUUAAGCUGAAUCGAUCAUGGAAAGUGAAGAGUUUUACCAAAGGAUUGGAAUUAUUUAAGCUCAUAGCUGAUGUUGCAGAAGCGGAAGGUCACCAUCCGGAUCUUCAUCUUGUUGGAUGGAACAAUGUAACAAUUGAGAUAUGGACACAUGCAGUUGGUGGACUGACUGAAAAUGACUUCAUACUUGCUGCAAAGAUAAAUGGGCUUGACCCACAACACCUGCUGAGGCGAAAAGCUGCCACGUAAACAGUUGGCAUGAACAUGGUGUACGAAUUUUGCAACUAUACUCUGUGGAUGUAGUUGGCAUGAACAUAGUGUACGAAUUUUGCAACUAUACUCUGUGGAUGUUUGGCAUGACAGAUUUCUAUCCGUUGAUAUUUUGAGUUUCAAAAGACCAUCUUAAAGCA